AUUGUGGCCAUCUUUUUAUAUUUGUCGAAUUUUAAGGCAUAUUCUGUUAUUAAGUAUUUCGGAAGCUUGCACGGUAGCUACUUUAGUGCCCAAGUUGUCAAAUUUUUAACCUCACUUUCUAACGAAUGGAAUGCAAUAAAAAAUGAUUUUUCCGAAUGCUUUGGAAGCUGUUUCUUGUGGUAGCUCCCAAAGUGCAGUAAAAAAAUAAGUUGUGGGUGUAUACAUAACAGUCAAAUGUAAGGAUAUUUUUUGAAAAAAAAAAAGGUGGAAACAGUAUUCAGAAUGGCCCCCGAAGGGCGAAUCAGUUAUUACAGGGAAGGAAGAAAAUAGUAAAAAUAAUGAAUAAGAAUUUUGCACAAUGCUUUUAUAGAAAGGUUGUACUUUAUGUUUUAUUAUGUGGUAAACUUAACAUGCCCUUUAUAAACGAUUAAACGCCCUUUUCAUUAAAAUGUAGUUCAUUUUUGCCCUAUAUACAUUUCAAUAAAUUACACUGAAGUUUAUGUCGUUGACUCAAAGGUAGAUUUAUCUGCCUAUAACAUGUUCAAUAAUAAUUAAUAACGCUCUAAAAGAGCAGAAACUUACACAAAAUCCAUAAAAGUGAAAUAUUUGACAUUUCCAUGUGAUAACAUAACCCUACCACAGAUUAAGGCAACUAACACAUGACAGUAAUCCUAACCUCAAAAAUGACAAAAACUACUGAAAAAUUAACUUACGACAACAAAAUCAUAUUGGCCCCCAUGGUACGUGUUGGUACUCUACCCAUGAGAUUGUUGUCGCUGGACCACGGGGCCGACAUUGUCUACACUGAAGAAUUAAUUGACUGGAAAUUUUUAAAAUCAAUAAGACGGGAAAAUGACGUGUUGGGCACAGUUGAUUAUCUGGAUAAAUCAGAUGGGACUGUAGUGUUCCGAACUUGCCCAAGAGAGAAAAACAGAGUGGUGGUGCAAUUGGGGACGUGCGACCCACAAAGAGCCUUAAAAGUUGCCAAAAUGAUCGAAAAUGAUGUAGCUGGGAUUGAUAUAAACAUGGGUUGUCCCAAAGAAUUUUCACUGAAAGGGGGAAUGGGGGCUGCUUUGUUAAAACAGCCAGAGAAGGCGAAGUCAAUUUUAUCCACACUUACGCAAAAUGUAAAAAUUCCAAUUACGUGCAAAAUUCGUGUUUUUGAAAGUGCUGAGGAAACCUUAGAUUUGGUCAAAGAAUUGGUGUCAACGGGUAUUUCAGCUAUUGCAAUUCAUGGAAGAACCAAAGCUGAAAGGCCUCAACAUCCCAACAGAAACGCAACAAUCAAAUUUAUUGCAGAGAACGUAUCAAUCCCGGUUGUUGCCAAUGGUGGGUCCAAGGAAAUUGAAAAAUAUCAAGACAUAAUUAAAUUUAAGGAAGAAUGUGGCUGUUCAAGUGUGAUGAUCGCAAGGGCUGCAGAAGCCAAUUGUUCAAUUUUUCGUAAACAGGGUUUAUUAGAUAUCGAGACUGUUAUAGAACAGUACCUCAAAUAUGCCAUUGAUUAUGAUAACUCGCCCAGUAAUACAAAAUACUGCAUACAAAACAUACUGAAAGAACUUCAGGAAACACCCAGAGGGAAGAAAUUUUUAGAAUGUCAAACACUGGAACAAAUUUGUGCAAUAUGGGACCUAGCCGAUUACUGCCGAAAAAAACAACUGCAGUUCCACUCUCAGGGAAUUUUGAGUCGCCGAGAAAUAACACCAGAUAUGUUCAGUCCCAAAGCCAAAAAAGUUAAGACUGAAUUAGACGAUGACGUAAUCGAAAUGAAAUGUGCCUUUAUUAGGGUAAAUUAUCCAGACGAUCCAGAUUUGCCGAAAUCAAAAAUAAUAGCAUAUUGUGGCAAACACAAGUUUGAUUUGCCUAAGUACCAGACCGUCAAUGAAGAUAAAUUAUUUCGCGCAAUUGCCACAUUCCAAGGGAAAAAAUACAGCUCAUCGUAUUGGGAAAAAAAUAAACGCUUUGCUGAACAGGGGGCUGCUUUGGUCCUGGCCUGUUCUUUAGGUUUAGUUACGAAAGAGGAAUUAAUUAAAGAUGGAAGCAUGUUGGAAUAAAGCCUUAUAAUUAUUAA